CCGUCAGACAAGAUGCCUCGCUUCGUGACUCUUGCGCCUGCGUCGGCGACGUUGAUGGCCGUCAUCGGCCUUGCGAGUGCAGGCAGCCUCAAGGACAUUGACCAUGUCGUCCUCUUCAUGCAGGAGAACCGUGCCUUUGACCACUACUUUGGCACAAUGGCCGGCGUCCGAGGCUUCGCAGACGCGAACCUGCAGAUGAACGACGGCGUCCCGGUCUGGAAACAAGUGACAAACUCGCAACUGACCAACGAGACCGACUACGUGACUCCCUUCUACAUCAACUACCUCGGCGGCAACUGGACUGAAGCAACGCAGUGCAUGGUCUCGGGGAGCAACAGCUGGCAGGAGAAUCACGCAGCAUGGAACUCUGGCCGCAAUGAUCGCUGGGCCGUGGACAACAGUCCGUACAGCAUCGGCUUCUACAAGCGGCAGGACAUUCCGAUUCAGUUUGCCUUGGCGGAUAGUUUCGUCGUUGCCGACAUGUACCAGGAAGCUAUCGUCGCCGCCACGAAUCCCAACAGAGUGACCUGGCUCUCCGGCAGCGUCAACGUCCCCGGCGGCCCUCAAACCCCAGACCAGGGCGGGAACCCGUACAUCGACAACAACAUCACGCCGGGUUGCGAGCCCGGCGGCUUCAACUGCUACCCGCUCAAGUGGAAGACGGUGGGCGAGCACUACGAAGACGCGGGCGUGACAUGGCAAGUCUUCCAGGACGCGGACAACUUCGACGACAACUCGUACGCCCGGUUCCAGCAGUUCCAGGACGCCGAGCCGGGCUCCAGUCUCUACGAGAGGGGCAUGAAGGGUCUUUCGCUCGACACGUUCUACGCAAAGGCUGCCAACGGCACACUCCCCGAAGUCUCUUACAUCGUGGCUCCCAUGGAGCUUUCGGAGCAUCCCCCGUAUUCUCCGCAUGAUGGCGCCUGGCUGCAGCACCAGGUUGCCCAGGCCGUCCUCAACUCACCAAAGUACAACAGGACGGCCCUCAUGAUCUCGUACGACGAAACGGGCGGCUGGUUCGACCACGUCGACCCCUAUCGCUCUCCCAGGGACACCGCCGGCGAAUGGAUCGAUGAUCCGUACGGGCAGGUGGGCUAUACCUUUGUCGGGCCCGGCUUCCGGCUGCCGUUCUACAUCAUCUCGCCCUGGACGCGCAACGGCGGCGUGUUUUCCGCUCACAGCGACCACAACUCGCAGAUUCUCUUUGUGGAGAAGUGGCAGGCCGCAAAGGGCCGCAACGUCACGACGGAAGAAAUGGUUUACUGGCGCCGUAGCCACAUGUCCGAUCUGGUCGAUGCCUUUGACUUUGACCACCCCGACUACUCCAUCCCACAACUCCCUGAGCCGCAGACCCCCCAUACGGAUUCCAACGGAGUGUACGACGGCUCGUCGUACUGCCAGUCCUUGUACUCGGAGGUCCAGCCACCAGUUCCUUACACUGGCACCGGGGUGAUUGCCGACUUGACGACUCAGGUCGAAAGGGGGUUCAAGCCGCUUCGUGGAAUGCUUACCGAAGGCCGCCACCUCGUUCUCGAAGCAAACGGCUUCGCACUCACCCAAAAGACGUCCUUUUUAGGCACUAUUGUCCUCAGUAGGGCGACUGAGCGACAUGAUGCUCCUUCUCAGAGGUGGAUCGCACAUGCGGUGACGGUUGGAGGGGAUGAAUUUACGCUUUCGGACGAUAGUGGACGGAACUACAUCUGUGACAACGGGCAGCUCUGCAGUGAUGCUGGGAAGGCCGUUGUGUUCACGGUGGGUUACAAGUCUGGAAAGGGGUAUUCGUUUGGAGUGAAGGGGACGGGACGGUAUUUGGGUGUUGGGGGAAGGGGGGCCUCGAGUUAUGCUUCUCUGAAUGGGGGAUUGGGAUACUGGAAGGUGUAUAGCGUGAGCUACUGA